UCCAUCUUCCCCCAAUUCUCUCUCUCUCUCUCUCUCUCUCUCUCUCUCUCUUCAAAAAAUCAAAAAUGUCUCUCACAAUCCCCUCAACAAACCUCUACAGACCUCUAGCAAAUGCAAAACACACUUCAACCCAUCAAAAAUCAACCCUAAAACCCAGAUCCACAACCCUCUGCUCAUCCUCCUCACCCGACCCACAACCCGAUUCCACCAAAUCGGCUCUCCAAGCCUUCUCAGCCGCCUUAGCUCUCUCCUCAAUCCUCAUCUCCGCGGCUCCAAUCCCGCCGGCUUCAGCCGACAUCGCCGGCUUGACUCCAUGCAAGGACUCAAAGCAGUUCGCUAAGCGCGAGAAACAGCAGCUGAAGAAGCUGGAGUCGUCGCUCAAGCUAUACGCGCCGGACAGCGCGCCGGCACUGGCGAUCAAAGCGACGAUGGAGAAGACGUCGAGAAGGUUCGCGAAUUAUGGAAAACAGGGACUUUUAUGCGGGUCGGACGGGUUGCCCCAUUUGAUAGUGAGUGGGGACCAGAGACACUGGGGCGAGUUUAUAACUCCGGGUAUUUUGUUCUUGUAUAUUGCUGGGUGGAUCGGGUGGGUGGGUCGGAGCUACCUUAUUGCUAUCCGAGAUGAUAAGAAGCCGACCCAGAAAGAGAUCAUUAUUGAUGUACCGUUGGCUUCCAGCCUCCUGUUUAGAGGGUUUAGCUGGCCUGUGGCGGCGUACAGAGAGUUCGUUAAUGGUGAUCUCAUUGAUCCCACCGUUUGAUUUCAAUUCCUCUUGUUAAAAUUGUUGUUCAUGUGUAUGUGUGUGUGUUUUUUUGGGUUGGUCUUAUGUAAUCUAAUACUUCUUUAAAAUUGUUUGCCUUUGCCUAGUGAAGUGAUUGUUAACCCUGAAUACUGGUUUGCAACUUUUUUUUGUUAGUGCUAAAUUAAAAAAAAUUAUGAUGAAAA